AGCCACAGUCCGCACCGACCCCGCGGGCUGGGGGAGCCCAGCAGCUGCGGCACCGGCGGCAGCCACAGCCGCCCUGAUUCCUACCCCACAGCCCCGACCGAGAGCGGGAGCAGCCGGCCCGCGGGAUGGCAAUGAAGCGGAUUAACAAGGAGCUAAGUGAUUUGGCUCGUGAUCCUCCAGCACAGUGUUCUGCAGGCCCAGUUGGAGAUGAUACGUUUCACUGGCAAGCAACAAUCAUGGGACCUAAUGACAGUCCAUAUCAGGGUGGAGUUUUUUUCUUGACAAUUCACUUUCCUACAGACUAUCCUUUUAAACCACCUAAGGUUGCAUUUACAACAAGAAUUUAUCACCCAAAUAUUAACAGUAAUGGCAGCAUCUGCCUUGAUAUUCUAAGAUCACAGUGGUCCCCUGCAUUAACUAUUUCUAAAGUUCUAUUGUCCAUUUGUUCACUGUUAUGUGAUCCAAACCCCGAUGAUCCACUAGUGCCAGAGAUUGCACGUAUCUACAAAACAGAUAGAGAAAAGUACAACAAAACAGCCCGGGAAUGGACUCACAAAUAUGCAAUGUGAAACCUGAUACCUUGGAGUUCAAAUAUCUUGCAUCAUAGCUGGAAUAAACUUUUAAAUUACUGAUUUAUGAUUUUACUAUUUGGCUGCCCCCUUGUAAGAUCACAUCUUUCAUGCCCCUCUUCCCACCUCUUAAUCCUUCCUGUCCCCUCCUUAUCCCUCCUGCUCCACUCCCAUUCACAUGCUCUUGUAAGAAGGCAGUUUAGUACUUCGUGCUUGGAAAGACCGCUCUGGAUUUCUAAUGUAGUUUCAUCAAUCAUCUGAAAUUUUGAUCUCCUUUAUAUAUGGAGCAUGUGUUAAGUGGCCAAUACCUUCAUAAUAACUUGGUUAUGAUAUUAAAACCAUUCCGCGAUGAAAUGUGCUGAUUUUUACCCGAAAUUAAAUGAGUCAACUUCAUUCUUAAAAGAUUGCUGCAUUAAUGGGACAGCAUCUUUCAUUUUCCCCGGAUAAAAUAGUAUUUGAGUCUAUUUACUUCAUGCUCAUAACUUUGUUAUGAAUGGUGGAUUGGUUCAGAACGUUAUAGCGUCGGCAUUAAUUAAAAUAUAUGCUGUAUUUUAUGCAUGUUAAUAAAAGGAAUGACAAGGUUUUCGUUGGUUUUACGCAGAA